AUGUCUGCUAACCAUCUCCCUUGCCCUUCCCAACUUGUUCACAUGGCCACCCCUGACCCAAUUGAAGCAGAGAAGGCCACCCUGAAGGAGAAGUUCAUUGCUGUCUCCACAGCAUUGGUCACUGAGGCCAGGGGAGCUGUGAGAGGAAUGGGUGAUGUGGAUGCACAGGUCACAGUGUUUCCUAUCAUUAAGCAUGGGCAAGAGCUGGGUGUCAACACCAAGGUAGCUGCAGUGGCUGAGGCCAAUGAGGCUUAUGAGAGGUGGGCAGCAGAGGAAGUUGCAGUGGCAGCACAUGGAGGGGCUGAUGAAGACAUGCAGAUGGGUGAGGAGGUCUUGCAGGACAUCAGGGAGCAGCCAGUGGUGAUGGAGGGACCAACAGUGACAGCAAAGAUGUUGCAUGUCAAGGUGUCCUCUCAUCCUGUGUGGAAGGCUCUGACACCCAAGGUUGUAGCAUUCCCAGCAGACAGUUGCAGAAAGAAAGGACAAGAUCAAGCCAAAGGUCAUUGUCCCAUCCAGGUUGAGUCUCCACAAGGUGCCAUGUGCACUGGCCCUGUGGGGCAUAUGUGUGAUGGCUGGAUGCAAAUGAAGCAGGGGUGCAAGAAGUCAACCAAGGCUUCAGGGAAGAAAGCACAGGCAGGCAUGUCAACUGUCCAUGAAGGCUGCCAAGGCCAGCUCACUGAAGUUGAGGUGGUCAAGAGCCACUUGUGUGGGAAGGUGAAGGCACCAGUGUGCAGCAGGCUUGACAGUAAGGUCAUGGCUGACCUCUCACAAUUGCUGAGGUUGUUGCAGGCUGAGGCCAUGGAGUUGCAGGCAGCUUACCUUCACCUCCAGGUGCAUGUCAACCAGCUCAUCAAGGUGCUGGAGAGGAUUGGGGUCAAGUAG